CCCGCCACUUCCCCCCCUCCCCUUCCAGCCCCGCCGUGAGGGAGCGGCAAGAUGGCGCUGGGGUCCCGCCAGGGCUGCCGCUUGUGCGGCCGUGCCGCCCUGGGACAGCCGAGGCGGCGGCGAGUCCCGGAGCUGGCCGGGUGCUCGACGCGGCCGUACUCGGAGGACGGCGGUGCUUCCGAGGCGGCGGGCGGGGCGGAGCUGCUGGAGGUGUGCUGGCGGCGGCUCUUCCUACGGGGCGGCGCGGGGCCGCUGCCCUGGAGCGCCUACCUGAGCGGCCGGCACCCCGGCUUCGGGCCGCUGGGCGCGGCGCUGCGCGCCAACCUGGCGGCGCAGUGGUGGGACUCGGCGCUGCCCGUGCGGGAGCAGGUGUUCCCCGUGGAUGCCCCGCUCCACGGCCCGCCCGGCGCUCCGCCGGACGCGCAGGGGCUGCGGCUGCUGCACCCGGAGACGCUGCGCGAAGCCCUCCAGGGCUGUGGGCGGAGCCCUGGCGGCCUGGCCCUGGAAGAAGUCUUGGGGGCCGCGGGGCUGCUGCGGGAGAGCCUCCUGCCCGGUGUUCUGGCGCAAUAUGUCAGCUGCCUAGAGCUGGUGAACAAACGACUGCCCUGUGGCCUUGCUCAAAUUGGAGUGUGCUUUCAUUCCGUUCCAGAAAGUGAACAUUCUGUUUCAGGAAAUGAACAAAACAACAAAAACCUUACAAGAAUAGGCGAGAGGACCACAUCUCUGCUUGCCUGGUUUAGUUCUCCCAGAACUGCAGGACAGUGGCUCGAUUACUGGCUACGCCAGAGGCUCCAGUGGUGGAGAAAGGGCCGAGAUGGAAGGAAGAAUGUCAUCCCUCAUGUUCUAUCUGUGAAUGGGAAUCUGGACCGAGGAGUGUUAGCUUAUCUCUUUGAUUCUCUGCAGGUAGUUGAGAAUCCAUUAACAGCGAAGAAAAAUUCUCAGAGAAAGGUACUUAAGCUUCAUCCUUGCUUAGCACCCCUUAAAGUGGCCUUGGAUGUAGGAAAAGGCCCAACAACAGAGCUGAGGCAGGUUUGUCAAGGAUUGUUCAAUGAACUGACAGAAAAUGGAAUUUCUGUAUGGCCGGGUUAUCUGGAAACUGUGCACGUGUCUCUGGAACAUCUUUAUACAAAGUACGAUGAGAUGAGUAUUCCCUUCAUGGUCUUGAUAAGUGAUGGCACUUUAGAGAAUGGAGUGGUCCAGCUGAGAAACAGAGACACCACCAUGAAGGAAAUGAUGCACAUUUCCAGGCUGAAGGACUUUUUAACGAAGCUGCUGAAAGAUUUUCUGUCAACUUGGAUCAGCUUGUUGAGUCACUACCAGCUGAAUUUUACUGAUGAAACCGAUGUGGAAUAAUGCUUGUGGAAUCAUCAAGCAAUAUUAAAAUAAUGGUAAGUGAAAGAAAAAUAUUUCCAGUAUUAAUUUCCUCUGCAGCCAGAAGUUACUGACCUCUCCUCUGUCACUGCUCAUACUCUGAUGGAUAUUGCUGCAGAGCUUGAGGCUGUUUUCCAGCUGCAUCUGGAAAUGCUGGAUGUGAAGCAAAUCCUGGUCCAUUGCCAGUAAAGGGCACUGUGUGACAGUGACAGGGUGUGAUGUGUGUUUCUGAACUGAGGAACUUGUUCAUCCAGUAGUGGACAGUAGCUAAAAAUGUCCUUGAGGAGCUGAAUCGGUCCCACACUACUGGCACAGAGAAAGUUUGAGGUGUUCCCACAGACCAUGAUCAUAUAUAUCAUAUGUAAUCAUAUUGUAAUCAUAUUGUAAUCAUCAACUGAUCUCACAUCUCUGAAAGAAGAAAUUUCUCUUAUUUGUCUGAAAGAAUUUCUAAGUGUGCUGUGUGAAAUACAAAUCAAGACAGAUUUUUAGUGCUCUUUCCAGUGUUGCACUGUACCAGUAAGGAAGCAUAAAACCAACUAGUAAUAAUUAGCUCCUGUUGCAUUAAAAGUAGAAGUUCCAGGGUGAAAACCUCAGUGAUAUUCUGUCAUUAUCAGCCUUCUGGUUCCCUUAGUUACUUUUCCAGGUUUAAUUUAUGUUGCCAUUUGGAAGAGAUGUUGGGUAUCAGUCAUCCAAUUUUUAACUGAGAAAGAGGGCAGUGAGGGAAGCCCAGUGUGUUUUACUGUCUUGCUCAUCUCCCAGCAGAUGGUGCCAUUGUGAAAUGUAAUUUAUACCCAGACAAACUGGGCAAGCCAGAGUUUCUGUAAAUUGUAAUUUGUGGAACUUCCAGACUUCUCAAAAAAAGACAAUGUUAAUUUCUUUAAUGUUCUUGUAAGUAUUCAAAUCCAUGGUGAAAAAUUAAUUUUUGAUUCUUCUCUAGGGAGGUAUAAAGAGAGGCUUUAAAACCAAAAAUAAUUGAUGCAAAUGUCCCACUUUCAAGAGAAGACAAUAUGCCCUGAAAAUGUAUGUAGAAAGAAUUUGUUUCAUUCCCAGCUCACCAGGGAUUUGUUUGGACUUGUGAAAACAGCAGUGUUGUUAUAGUUCUAUUAUCUGUGAGUAUACUGAAACAGGAAUUGAUAAGUAAGCAAGACUGGUCACAGCUGUAAAAAAUCAAAGCAGUUAAACCAUGAUAUGUGUCAGGAAUUGAGGGAUUAGAAAUCAGAGCUGUUCUUGAUUUAGUUACUGGAAAACUUGUGUUGACUUCAGUGUAGAUAGAUACAGAUUUCUGAAUUUUUAAAAAUUUUUAAAAUAAAAUUUAGAAAAAUCCUAAACAUUUGUAGAUACACCUCUAUAGCAGUGAACUGUAUUUAAAAUCAGUGAACCUACACACAAAAUUAUGUGGAGCCUCCAUGAUCAGUGACAAGAUUUCUGAGCCCAAAGAUGUUUAAUCAAUAAAUCAGUCACUUAGAACUUGAAGGCGACACACACGAAGCCUUCAUCUUUUCUGAAGAAAGUGAAAGUGCCAUCAGGAAUGGGCAUUUGAGGCCAGGGGACCAAGUCUGGAGGCCCCAGAAGUUUGGCUGGACUUGGUGAGGUUGAGAUGUCCGUGCUGGAGGUCAGUGCUGCGGCUGCUCUCUGCUGUGAGCACGUGGAAACAAACAGCUGCACUCUGCUGGGAACUCCGAGCUGCCUUUCCUGUCGUAAGGGACUGCCUAAAACCACUCUAUUUGCAGAGGGAAAAAAUUGAAAAUCUUAUUCAGCAUUUUUCCCUUAGUUAGGGAAAUAGGCUUUGCCUCUCAUUUCAGCAAAGCUCUGUUCAGUUGCCAGAGCUGGUGGCUCUUAGGAAAUGUCACAUGUGAGCAAGUAGCAGAGGAUCCAGCCAGUAGAAACAGGGAUUGUGAAUUCCCAGAUGAGGUUUACUGUGUAAGGGUCCAAUUCAUUGGCAGUAGAUUAAAUGUGAUGAUUCCCGUGGGUUUCAAAGGGCAUUCUGUCAGAUUAUAAUGGCUAUUCUGGCUGCUUCAGAAGGUGUGUUGCAUUUCUGAGGUCAAUCCUGCUUUUCCCACAGAUAUAAUAGGGAUUGAAUAGAGUUCUUUAUAUGAUGUGAAUUAGUGAAAAUUUGAUCUUAUGUAAUUCAGAAAUAUGUGUCUUGAGAGAUGGCAAUAAAAUGGCUGUUAGGAAAAUAUGCAUUUGUGUUUCUGGCACAGGUACUUUAAGUUUACAUCAUUUAUGUCAAUGUGGUUUCCAGUUUAAGCAUGGAAGAUGGUAUCAAAAUAUUCUUGUGUGUUUGAAAUGUUUUUCUCUCAAGUUUCAUGUUAUUUUGGCCUAAAUUCCUGCAGUAGAAUUUAAUUCUUGGAUUUUGGUCAAUAGCAGCUUUAUUUUCCUCUCCAAGACAUGUUGAGGCUUGUCAGGAAUAUGACAGUUUAAUCAGCCUGUAGAAUCUUGUGAAAUGGACUUUACUUGGGAGUGACAUCUGGCAACAGGCUCCAGUUUUGGCACCAUUAAACCUUAAUCCUGAGCUAUUUCAUCCUAAAGCUGGCCUUUCCACUUGAACCUGGCUCUGACCUGAGCCCUGCUGGCCCUCUCUGAAGGAUAUUGGCCCACCCUCACCCUCCUUCCCCCACUGGGGCUCAGAGGAACCUUUGUCCCCCCGUGGGAAAGACUGUUGUGGUUUUGCUGAGCUUUUUAUGUCCUGCUGAAUUCUUCUAUGGGGAAAGGGGGAAGGGGAAAAUCUCCUUCCUUCCUAUUUUUUUGUUACCAAUAGCAAAAGUUGAUUUACCUUUGUUCUCCACCUGCCACGUGUCCUCCUACUCUUUUCCUUUACCUGUCUCUGGGGACCACGGCUGGCAGCUGGCCAAGCCACCAGUCUUUUGUUGGUGGUUGUUUCAAACAGCCUGGACUGAGCAGGACAAACACUCUUGCUAGUUACCAGCUUAGUCUUAAUUGCUGUGACUAUUGUGCCAUUCUGUAAAACAGCCAGAGAGGCCUCGUUCUUGCAGCCCAUACAUUGUUAAAUAGAUGAGUGUUUUCCUUCUGUUUCCUUUUGUAAAAUUCCACGCUGAUGUGGCUAAUACCAUCAUUGAUGUAGACUUACAGUUUUAAAAUAGUGCUUUGGGGGGAAAACUACAGCUUUCAUUCACCCCAGGAGGAAAGAAAGGGACUUCAUAUGAACAGUGAAGCUUAUGAGAACUGUCUGUCUCAUUUAUGGACUUUUGUGAAUGUAGUCUGUAUUGUUUUAUGCAGUGUUUUAACAAGCCUGGAAAAUGUUGCUGGAAUUAAAGCAAAGCAUUGGCUCUGUCCACAGGGGAAAGAACAAAGAGAUUAAGAACUGAGCACUUAGUUUCCAAGAAUAAUUAAAUCACAGUUUGGGGAGUUCUGGGUCACAGAACUGGAGAAACUUUCCAAAGGGCUUGGUUUCAACUCACUUUGUCCAGCCUGUAGGCUUCAGUCAGUGUCAGGGCCAGAGGGCAUGGCUUAAGUCUGACUUAAAAGUAGGCUGAUAUACUGAGAGGAAUAUCCUGGACAAUGGAGAAGCAUUCUCUGUUUCAGAUUGUGCCAGUGCUGCUGCAUAUUUCUGCUGGGAAUUUGAACUCCAUCCAGUUCUUUCCUGAGGGGUUUAAGGUUUAUGAUUGUGUGUCCUUUGCACUGUCCUAACUGCAUAAAAUAAAAUCUGCUGCAGAUCCAUGUUUUUGAUAUAUGAUGGUAGUAUGAGAGAUCCACCUGUCAAAUUCUAGUCUCACACAACAGUACCUCUGCUUUUUGAGAUAAUUUGAAAUUAUUGUGUAAACUACAGUAAGGGUGUUCUUUGCCACAGCAAAAAUGGAAGACCUAGAAAUGGAGGUAAAGGGGGAAAACGAGUAAUUAAGUACAUCUAUUCUUUGAAAGAGUCUUCUGUUAGGAUGAAGGGAAGUAUUUGCUCAAGUAUCUGCUGAGGUCAAGUAGCAAAGGUAAUUUGUGCUCCUAAAUGGUUAAUCGUGACUUAAAA